AUGUCAGGAAACCCCGGACAUCUUGGACACCCCGAGCCAACAUCAACACCAGCUCCCAUAUACAGCGAAGCUCCAGAAGCCGUCUUCCCAACCCCAUCAACCCACGGCCCCGUGAGCCCACACUCCGACACCCUACGCACUACAUCUAUCCCAGACGCCAUGCACUCCUACGCCCCAACACCAGUAAACGGUCCCCCAGAGCCACAAUACCCCCACACCCCCGACUCCAUCGGUCAAGCACCAGCCUACGACGCGUCGACAUCAAUGGCCACUCCACCCGAGAAGGCAUACGCCGGUCAGCCAGUGCCCCAGUACACCCAAACCGCACAGCCACAGCAAGGAGCUGGCCCGCAGCAGUUCUACACACCAUCCGGACAUCCCAGUGGAUAUGCCACAGCUGUCCCACUCCAUGCUGUCCAGUCUGCGCCCUGUCCAGUUGACUGCCCUGUUUGUGGAAAGCGGGAGAUGACCCGUACCCAGGCUAUCAGCGGUGGAACUACCCAUGGUUGGGCAGCUGUUCUUUGCUUCUGUUGCUGUCUCGGCUGUAUCCCUUACCUGAUGUCAUCGCUUAAGGAUGUUGAACAUGCAUGUGGACAAUGUGGUGCUAAGCUUGCAACAUGGCAUAAUAGUGGCCGUGUCGAUGUCUUGCAGAAUGGGGCGAGGAAGUGA